UUUCUGCCCAGCAAAAUGGAGAAGAGGACCAAUUUGGAAGCCCUGCAGAAAAAACUGGAAGAGUUGGAACUUGAUGAGCAGCAGCGGAAACGCCUGGAGGCCUUUUUGACCCAGAAGCAAAAAGUGGGGGAACUGAAGGACGACGACUUUGAGAAGAUCAGCGAACUGGGCGCAGGCAAUGGUGGCGUGGUCUUCAAAGUCUCGCACAAGCCUUCGGGACUCAUUAUGGCCAGGAAGUUAAUCCAUCUUGAGAUCAAGCCGGCAAUUCGCAACCAGAUCAUUCGGGAGCUCCAAGUCCUGCAUGAAUGCAACUCUCCCUACAUUGUGGGGUUUUAUGGAGCAUUUUACAGCGACGGCGAGAUCAGUAUUUGCAUGGAGCACAUGGAUGGCGGAUCCUUGGAUCAAGUCCUGAAAAAGGCUGGCAGAAUACCAGAGCAGAUUCUUGGCAAAGUUAGCAUUGCUGUCAUAAAAGGACUAACGUAUUUGCGAGAAAAGCAUAAGAUCAUGCAUAGAGAUGUGAAGCCCUCCAAUAUCCUGGUAAACUCGAGAGGAGAAAUCAAGCUCUGUGAUUUUGGGGUCAGUGGACAGCUGAUUGACUCCAUGGCCAACUCUUUUGUGGGAACGCGAUCUUACAUGUCGCCAGAAAGACUGCAGGGGACUCACUACUCGGUGCAGUCAGACAUCUGGAGCAUGGGGCUCUCCCUCGUAGAAAUGGCCAUUGGCAGGUACCCGAUCCCUCCGCCCGAUGCAAAGGAGCUGGAGCUCAUGUUUGGGUGUCCCGUUGGGGCCGACUAUCCUGUCUCAGAGACGUCUCCCCGGCAGAGGACACCAGGCCGACCCAUGAGCGCUUAUGGUUCAGACAGCCGACCACCCAUGGCCAUCUUUGAGCUCCUGGACUACAUAGUCAAUGAGCCCCCUCCAAAGCUGCCAAGCAGAGUCUUCACUCCAGAAUUCCAAGAUUUUGUGAACAAAUGCUUGAUCAAGAAUCCAGCUGAGAGAGCAGAUCUAAAGCAGCUUAUGGUCCACGUUUUCAUUAAAAGAUCGGAAGCGGAGGAGGUGGACUUUGCGGGCUGGUUGUGCUCCACCAUCGGCCUUAACCAGCCCAGCACCCCAACCCACGUUGGCGGACUCUGAGUCUCCCGUCACGGUACAAAGAACCCACCAAGCGCUGCUGCUAUGCAACUUUCAUUCCAUGGGGGAGGCGGACGAGGAGCUGCUCACUCCAGACCCACUGACGUGCACUGGGGGGAGCAUGGCACGUGGCACAUCGGUGUUCCCAGCCACCUCCCACUGUUUAAAGCCAUGCUGUUUCGGUCCCGUUUUCUUUUUUUUCCCCUGUCUACUAAAAGUAUUUUGCUGCCCCCACCCCGCUUCCGUGCUGCUCCUUCUCAGCUUGUUGUGCCAAAUUCUUUUCCAGGUCAAGCUCCCUUUCACGGCUCUGUGUGAACAGCUGUUGUGUUUGAUUAUUUCCCUGUUAACUGACCAAAUGUGAUGCUUUCAGCUGCCAGUAUGCAAAGUUGGGGUGAAUGGUGGAUACCCUCCCAUUGUGGGAAACCUUGCUGGACGUAUCGCUGUCCCAGCCUUUGCAGAGUUGUUCUGUGACCCUUGUGUAACUUGGUGGUCCUCUUAAGCUUUGCUUAGCCAGCCCAGGACAGAACAGUUAGGGGGUGCCUUGAAUGAGACGAUCCCCAACAUGGAUUUCUCGCCACUAAGUUGAGAUGGAAGUUAUGAAGAACCUUUGGGUCCUGAGCUCUCGGGAAAAUGUUGGUGGGCCUCAGCCUGAGUAGGGGGGUCUUUUCGUCCUUCCCUUCCAGGUCAACAUAAACACACCUGUUGACACUUUUAUUUAUUUGCCUUGCUGGAUAUUUUGGGAUUGCUUAAUGGCAUCCAUCUCCUUCAUCUGUUAAUUUGGUAUCUGUCUGUUGAGCAUGGAUGGUAGAAAACUCUCUGGCAGAAUCAAAGCCGUUUCUUUCUCUCUUUCUUUUAAAGGCAUCAGAAUAAUUAUUUCCCUUCCAGGACAGCUGAGGUUGGUUAUGACAAAAUUUGUGCAUACUUUGUGUUUGAAAAUUAUUUUAAUCAUUUUACUCUUUCAGAUGUUGAGCAACUGCAUCUUACAUGAAUAAAUGUCACAAAAUCACUUCAGAGAGUUGUGGGUUUUUAAAAAUUGCUAUUAGCUGGUCGGCUUUAAGAUGGACUUCAUGGCGUUUUUGGGGUGGGGGGAGGAGAUAACCUCUAGGCUUAUCUCUGCAUCUGGCAUCCCAUGUAUGAUCUUGGAAAAAGGAUCUGCAAACACUC